GCGAGAACGGGUAUGGAUGCUUCAUAGCACCAGGCUGGAGCAAUUUGAUGACCCACCCAUCUGAUCCGCAUUCUCUAGCAUCGGUGAAACUCAUUCACACCACACGCCAUAUUACCAAGAGCACACCAAGAACGCACGCCGACGAGGAGGGAUGCUCCUCUUUCCUCAGGCCAUCAACCUGCCUAACACACAAUCAAGGCCUUGCAUUACACGGGUUGAUAGUCAGGGCGGUCAGGGCGGCACCUCUAUAUAAUGGAUCGCCCCGAGCCUGGGCUGAUCAAAUGGUCGCCCAUCGCUGGCCAUGACAGGUUCAUCCACAUCAACCUGCAGCAUCGGGUGGUCCAACUGUACGAGCCUAAUGGGUUUGCAAAUAAUGGCCGCUUCGAAUACAAACAGCUCUGCAAGCACGACAACUUCCCGGCUCUCACUACCUAUGACUGGUCGCCUGCCCUUCCCGGCCUUCUGGCCGUCGGAGGUCAGAAUGGUGGUGUGAACCUACUGAGGAUAGACGACAACUCGAACGACUGCAUCGAACUAGGGCUUAAGAUGACUAGGAUGUGUCAAGCCGUGUCGUUUAACACUCAGGGACGGCUUGCCGUCGGCCUGGAGCGCGUCCGCUUGGACCAAAGCCUGCACAUUUGGGACGUCAGCCGACUCGCCUCGAUGAGCAAGUCUGUCAAGGGAUUCCCCAAGGACAUCGUUCCCUUCGCCGAGCCCUUGCUCCGACUAGAGCCUACUGCUUCCAUCUCGAGCGUCAAGUUUUUCGAGGACAGCCCCGAAACCCUGGUUAUCGGCCUCAAGGCACAGGGGCUGCGCCUCUAUGACCUCCGGGAUCCAACUGGCAGCUUGGCGAUCCAGUAUUCCACACGUUGCAACAACAAUCUCGCCAUAGACUAUGCGGACCAGAACUACUUCGCUUCCUCUGCACUUGACCAGCCGGGAGUCUUUGUCUGGGAUCGACGCGCCACCGGUCGUCCCGUCGCUUCGCCCGCCUAUCUACAGGCGAUCGACGAGGAGGAUGUGAGUUGGGGCGGGGCCUUGUGCCUUUGGGAUGCCGUUAAGAACGACGAAGAACCAUCAUUGACCGACAGCAAGCAUUCGCUUGUUCGCUCCCUGCGGUACUGCCGUGACCGUCGCGGCUUGCUGGCCGUCCUCACCCGAACCGGUCAGUUGAAGGUGAUGCAGACGGACAAGGAGCCAACCCCCCCACAGGAUCGACUAGCCGGAAGUCCCGAGCUCCUGCAGGUCCAACGAUCGUACGAAAUGGAUGUACACUUCUCGGACCCUAAAAGAAAGAACGAGAGGAUUGUCUCUUUUGACUGGGUCACCCUUCCGUAUCCUUCUCUUCAGCCUCGACUUCUCGUACUACGUGCAAAUGGAUCGCUUGAGAUUCUUGAGCAGCCGUCAUGCGCCUCGGAUCACCUGUACAAAUUGACACCGUGGCAAGCGCCUCACCGGGGUCUCGACGAAGGUGCCUCCUACCACGACCUCAUGCGCUUUGAGCCGUCACAGUGCACCCAGAUGUAUGGUCCCCUGCUCGUCGAGCAGGCGUUGGCCGAUGUUCCCAUUUUCGGGCCGGAUAAAGCCAAUGUGUCCUUCAUGAUCGAGAAGACGUUGCAGUCCCCUUCUUCAGAGGCGGACAUCCAACUCGCAAGACCCUUGCAUCCCGAUCCAUUGUUAUCAACUCCCAUGGGUGACCGGCCCAUUGCUGAGCGUCUGCGAGUAACCAGGAAGACCCUGAGGCUCCAUAACAAAACCAGACACAGCGAGGCGGGAGGGAUGGAGACUGCGGUCGACGGCCUUAACGAUCGGCUCCAGGACUCCUCCAUUUCUCCAGACAGGCCGGCAUCCUGCUCGCAAAUGCACGAGGAACUUCUCUCAAUUUUACCCCAAGCUGAGCAGCUUUCAUCGGAAGUACAGUCCGAUGUUGACCACGUGAUGUUGCUGCGUGCUAAGGAGAGGUAUCUCUUGGAUCCUGUGAGGAAUAGGAACGUAGUGUCGGAUGACCUCUGGCUACGAUACCUUUGGGAUUGGGUUGCUGGUGCCGAGGCCGCUGCUGAGGAUAGCGGGAUGAAGCUGAGCCCUUUGGACUUGAGCUACAUGGGUGUUGCUACGAUAUGGGCAAAUGAUCUUGGACGGCACCCGUGGACAAGGCUUCCCGAUGGUGUACAGUCACCCGAAGCUAUCAUCUGGGAGAAAUGCAUCGGCAGCAUUUGCAAGAAGCGACGCCUUCCGAAAUACCAGGGCGUCCCGACCAAGCGCCCGUUUCAUAGGCAGCUUUGUUUGGAUAUUUGUACGUGGGGUGAUGCCACGAGGCACGAGGCGGACGAAUCUGAACCGAAGGAGGCGGGCGACGACUAUCCAGCGGCAAAGCACACGAUGGAGACGGCAAGAGCCCUGUUCCGAGGUGACAUGGAUGCGGCAGUUCAGAUCCUCAAGAAGGCCAGUACGACACAUCCGGAACUCCUGUUCGUCUCCUUAGCCCUCCAACUCAUCGGGCGGGGAAAUAGACGGCUCGCGAAGGAGCAGCUCGAUUUCGACGAAGCCGUGGCUUCCAAGACGGACCCGUACUUGAGGGCCAUCUCGUCCCUCAUCGCAACGGGGGACUGGACAGCUAUUGCGAACCAGGCUUCGCUUCCGCUCUCGGAUCGGGCUUACGUGGCCGUCCGGAACAUGGAUGACGAGCGCCUCACGCAGUGGAUCCAGGAACAGGUUUCUGUGGCUAUGAAAACGGGGGAUAUCGAGGGAAUCGUCCUGACGGGAAUCACCGACCAGAUGGUGGAUAUUUUCGCCAACUACGUGGGCAAGUCCAACGACGUCCAGACGGCGACGCUGAUCAUGUCCAUCUGCGCACCCCGGUAUAUCGAUGACUACCGGUGUCUGGCGUGGCGAAACGCCUACCGCGCAUAUCUUCAGCGACACAAGGCCUUCUACUUGCGCACCAAGUUCGAGGUGGAGAGCACGAAGAGGAGCAAGCGCGACGGCCGGCCGACGAUUAAGCCCCCUUCGCGACAGAUCGCGCUACGGUGCGUCUACUGCGACGCCGAGACGACUUUGCCAUCAUCGCAUACCGGAUCCACGUCUGGGCACCCGCCCGGAGUGGGAGCGCCAGACACGCGGAACCCGCUCAUGGUGACGGGGAUCAACGCGGGGGUCAGUUGCCCCAACUGCGGGCGUCAUCUGCCCCGCUGCGUGGUGUGCCUGGAGGUCGUGGGCAUCCCGCGAUCAGACCGGCCCGAAGCGGCGGCGGACAUGGACACGCGCAUGGCGGCGCGAUUCCCGACGUUCUGCCUCAAGUGCGAACAUGUCAUGCAUCUGGACCAUGCGAGGCAGUGGUUUGCGAGACACGUGGAGUGUCCGGUUCCCGAGUGUCGAUGCCAGUGCAAUUUCAGGGCCAACCCGGAGCUGAAUUACCACUGAUGUCAAUUGUUCUCGGGGAGGUUUUGGCAAUACUGGCACUUUUCGUGCCGCUCCUUGGGCGUGGGUUUCUGGUUGUCUUUUAUUUUCUCUUCUCUUUUUUCUUCUUUCUUCUUUCUUUUUUUUUUCUUUCUUUUAUUUCUUUUCUGGCCAUGUGCUGGCUCUGUUCAGAAGAGCGGAAGGAAGCCUUGCUAAGUGGAGGAAUCGGCGUUGGGUGUACGUACCUGAUGAAUUGCUGGGAUAACGCGUAUGGUCUCAUCGGAACAAGUCUAUGAGACCAAGAGGUACGGCGGGCGUGGAUGAGUUGCUCACCCUCCGGCAUCCAUUUCUGCUUCGUAUUUUUAUUUUCGUCUAGAGACCAUAGGAAGUCGCGGCGACGAAGCAGAAGGAGCGAGGACUUAAUUAUUGCUUUGGCUCCGGGUACAAUGAGACAUAUAAUCAAUCACAGGUAGCUCAUGAGUUCAUGCUCCAGUGUCUAUAGGUGCGG